AUGUUUCACCCAGAUAUUUCGGCUGGGCUUCUAGCCAAUCUAACACUAUUUUCUGAAUAUGCCGCUGCCUCGACGUGUGCAGCAAACUUCAACUCACAUACAUUAUCGAAGGUAGUGUGUGAUCCAGGUGUAUGCCCAACCCUGGAGCAGACAGACACAAAUGUCAUGGUUGGGUUCAUGGGUAUACAUCAUCCGGGUAACGUCACUGGCUUCGUGGCAAUUGACAACACAAAUCAAUUGAUCGUUCUGUCAUUCCGCGGUAGCCGGACCCUAGGCAACUAUAUCACUGAUUCCAAAUACCAGCAGGUGCCUGCUAUUUGCCCAGGUUGCCAAGUGCAUAAAGGCUAUUACUGGGCCUGGGGAAACUUUUCAGCAUUUAUAAUGCAACCUAUAAACCAGCUUGCUGCUAUAUAUCCAAGCUAUCAGAUUGUCUUCACUGGCCACAGUUUUGGAGGUGCACUAGCUACGCUUGGGGCAGCACUUGAGGGAGGAAAUCCUAGCAGACCUAUUGAUCUGUACACUUUUGGAUGUCCCCAACUGGGCAAUCAUGAUUUUGCUGAGUUUGUCACUGCUGUAACGGCAGGCUCUGGGUACAGAGUCACACAUUCGGAUGAUCCAGUUCCAAGGGUCUUUUCUACUCAGCCUUGGAUCAACAAGACUUGGCAGUAUAGCACAACUUCUCCUGAGUUUUGGAUUACCACAGGAAAUGGCGUGCCAGUCACAGCCAGUGAUAUACAAGUCAUCGAGGGCAUUGACAACAAGAGUGGGAACCUUGGCACCACUGGUUCUGAUACUUCAGCUCAUAUUUGGUAUAUUGGCAACAUGAGCGGGUGCUCAACUAACUGA